GUGUGGAGGAUGGCGAGGAGGAUGCAGAUACACUGUGGCUUUUAGCCUCUUACUAGCACUGACGCUCCUGUCAGGCCACCACCAUCGUGAGAGAGGAAGAAAAAGACAGACCGUACUAUCGGGCUAGCUGGCUAACCUCAGACCCUCGGCCCCCUGUGUGACAGAGGACCACAAACCCAGCCCUCCCCGCCGGCCUGCUUCUGCCACCCGGGUUCCGUUGGGUGGGCCCCCUCUCAUCUCCAGCCCUGGUCGGUGGAGAUCGACCACAGCGAAGGCUACACACCUUUUUGGCUUCCCUGUCAUGGCAUCCAACAGCAUCUUUGACUCCUUCUCCAACUACAGCAGCAGUCUACUCAGAGAGCCGCCCACCACCAGACGGUUCACGCCGCCCUCCACGUCCUUCCCCUGCAGUAAGAUCGGAGACGGCAACGGGGCCAUGGCCACCCCGGGGCCCCUCAGGUCAAGACCUGAUACCAGGAACGUGGUGGACGUCCUGGCGGACCACGCCGGCGAGCUGGUCCGGACCGACAGCCCCAAUUUCCUCUGCUCCGUCCUUCCUUCUCACUGGAGGUGCAACAAGACGCUCCCUGUGGCUUUCAAGGUCGUGGCUUUGGGUGAUGUCCCCGACGGAACUCUGGUCACCGUGAUGGCCGGGAACGACGAGAACUACUCGGCCGAGCUGAGGAACGCCUCCGCAGUGAUGAAGAACCAGGUGGCCCGCUUCAACGACCUGCGCUUCGUGGGCAGGAGCGGACGAGGAAAGAGCUUCACUCUGACCAUCACUGUGUUCACCGGACCGCCACAAGUGGCCACCUACCACCGCGCCAUUAAAGUCACCGUGGAUGGACCCCGAGAACCACGCAGGCACAGAGUGAAGAUUGAAGACCCCCAGAAGAUGCAGUUUUCGGACAGAUUGUCAGAGAUUGAGCGCUACCAACGGAGUAUGCGAAUACCAGUGAACAAUAAUCCCCGUCCCAUCCACCAAUCCCACCUGGGUACCACACAAGCAGCCCUUUGGCAGGAGCAAAUUGACACACCUGCUCUGAAGACAUGCAAGGUGGAGGAGGAUCUGAGACCAUGGCCAGGGACUACAGAUCUCUUCCAGCAGAGGAGCACCUUCCCGUCUCUGUCUCCGCUGACUGACCCGCGCUUCUCAGACCCCCGGAUGCACUACCCUGGUGCCUUUCCCUACUCCAACACCUCCAGCACUGGCAUCAGCGGCCUCAGCAUGUCAGCCUCUUCCAGAUACCACACCUACCUGCCGCCCCCCUACUCAAACAACCAAACCCAGAACUUCCAGUCCAACUCCUAUCUGUAUUAUGGCACAGGCUCUGGAUCCUACCAGUUCUCCAUGGUGGCACCAGGAAACACCGGGGGAGAGCGUUCCCCCACCCGCCUGCUGUCCUGCUCGGGGGCCACAGGCACCGGAGGGACCAACAGCCUUAUGAACCCGGGGCUGAACAACCAGAGCGAGGGCGUGGAGGCCGACGGCAGCCACAGCAACUCCCCCACUGCCAUGAGCGCCUCGGGCCGUUUGGAUGAGUCUGUCUGGAGGCCUUACUGACUGACAGAUAGCUAGACAGUCAGAUGGUGCAGGAGAAGUGAGGGAGGAAAAUUAAAGGGGAUGAUGAACAAAUAAUAUGAACACUGAAAGACAAAAAAAACAAAAAAAAAAGAGAAAUUCUGCAUGUUUGCCUUUUAUUUCUCCAGCACUCGCUUUCAAGACUCUCUGCGUUUUACCAACUCUCAAGACUUCCAUGUAUUUUGUAAAUUUUGAGUAAACUCCUGCACUGUGCUAAAAACAUUUACUCUUUAAAAGGACUAUAUAAAUUGAGAUUAUGUUGAGCUGAAACUGUAAAUAGGAUUGAGGCAAAACCAGAGAAGAAACCUUUCAGGGUCUCUUUUCUGGUGUACACAGCUAGUCAUUAAAGACAAAAGACAGUGGCGCUUUGGUCACUCAGUACAGCUGAUGAUGAACUGAAAAACCACAGUGGACAUUCAUCAAACAGACUGUUCAGACUGGAGAAAAAGCAGUCAGACGGAUGUCUGCUCACCUGAGUGACGGCCUUCCACCGCAUGGCUGCACUGCUGUAGCAAUCGGUUCUUCUAAGCUUUGAUUUCUGUAAAAAUUUGAUUACUUCAAAAAUGUGUCAGUUGUGAAAACAUCUUCAUUUGCAUCCAGGGCUGUUUCAUGUGCUCUCGGUACUCAUGUAGUACCUUAUUGCCUAAUUUAUUAUCCAAAUGGACACAUUUGCCUUUGGUGCUAUGAUAUGCAGUUGAUGAUUCAACACACAUCGCUGAAACAACAUCAUUUUAAUCUUCAGGACUCAUGUUUAUGAAAUGAAUUCUCCUCUGCUGUGUCAUCAGUGUAUCCAGUUUCAACAGGACUGGCUGAUUUCUGAGGAAUGUAAAAGACUCACACAGAGGGUGUUUGUUGGUUUCUAAACUACAGGAAUAUUUAAGUCCUGUUGUGUUUAAUCUUUACUUUUUUUUUCAGAUUUCUUAUUGAAGCUUCUUUCUGCAAAAAACAGUCCUGGUAUUGUAUUUUUGAACUGGAUGACAUGGUUUACUUUUGAUAUUUAUUUGAGCCAAAUUGUGAAGAAAUGUGCGCAUAUAUGCAAGAUCCUUAAGCAUUUCUUUCUACCUUUCCUUUUUCAUACACACACACACACACACACAGUAUAUUUACCAUAUUUUGUUGUUAAGUAUAAAUUUGGAAUUUGUGUAAUAUAUUGUUACUAAAUUAUAAAAAAACAAAACCUUUAAUGUAAUUAUUUUGUCUCCCAAUGUAGCUUUGAUGCACUAAAAACUUUUAUUCCUUACGAACCACGCCCAACAGGUUCUGUUAGUGAGAUGGUGUAUCUAGAGCCAUAAUCUUUUAAACAAUUUCCAAACUGCCUUCCUGCGCCAAAUAAGCCAUUUGCUUAAUUUUUGCACUAUGUUUGAACUUUCAUUUCUCUUUUUUUUUUUUUUUUGGUUAUGUAUUUACAAAUAGCUGAAACUCUGCCCAACCAAAUAUUAAGUAUUCCUUCACAUACAUUUGCUGAACAUGCUUAAAGUGUCCUUUUAUCAAAUCCUCCUCCAAUUAACCAAUGAUUUCAUGGCACACACACAUAUUCCUGCACAACAGGUGUGUGUGUACAUUCCCCCUGCUUGUUGGGUGUUUACCCUGCAGUUACACAUGUGAUCCCUCAACCACUAGAGGAGGAAGAGUGGGAUGAAGGGAUAGAAAAAGGAGGUGGGGUCAGAGUGGUAUCUUCUUACCAACACCAAGGGCAGUUACGCAAAAAAAAGAGAAAAAGAAAAAAAAAGCCAUCUCUUGUUGUGCACGGGUCCCUUUGUUCUGUAUAAUCAGUGAGUGCUUUGAAGCCUUUAUGGCCCAGACUCUGGUCUUUCCUGGUCUAAUUUACUGAUCAUCAGUGCCAGGGGCUGAUGGCUUUGCCAAUAAUUCAUAUGCCUACACGGAUCAUCUGGGUAUGAAUUGUGUAGAGGCAUUUACAGCAGGUGUCAGGUGUCUCACAUCUACUAGAAAAGCCAGUCUAGGAAGCAUUCGUUACUCUGAAAGAUGGACAUUUAGUUGCUAUAAAAGUGAGAUUUAAUUUCAACGUGACUAGUGAUCAAAAAGGCUUGUAUUGCAGCUCAGGUAAACGUGUGUUUGCAAGGUGUUUUGAAGAUUUCACAUGAAGACCCUCAGCCUUAUUCCACUUUGAACAAUGAGCAACAAUGUCUCAUUCCCAUUUCCCUUUGAUUUUAGAGGAAAAGCAUGCUUCCCUGCUCUCUCCUCUGGAGCCUUUAUACCAUAGAGGACCUUACUUUAUUAUGGGCAGAAAUCAUGCAGCUAGAGAGAGACCACAUGUGUACUUAUAUUUGUGUGGUUCCUUCAAAAAGAAAAAACCAAAGAUAUUCACAACUGCCUGUAAUACUGUCAGGAUGUCAAUGAUGGGAAAGCUGUGUGGCAAAUGAGUCAUGUCAUGCUCUCUUAUAUCAUUCUUUAUGCAAAAUUAAGAAGCAAAACUGUACAAGUGAGUUGUGUUUUAUUGUAUAUUGGAUGAAAGAGCACAAUGUUAUUUUAUUUUAUUUUUACAUGCCCUUUUCAUAUACCAAAAUGUUAAUUCAUCUUCCUUUCAUUUCUCUUUAUGCUCAAAGCAUGUACAUCUGAAACUGAUAUGUUAAUUUAAGAAUCUCAUCUAUGUAUGUAAUGAUAUCGUUAAUGCUUCCAUACUGAGUGCCUGUAAAGUUUGCUGAUAAUGUAGUUUUUAAUCAUUUUAAUUAAAAAAAAAAAAAACGUGUCUCA